AUGGUGCAGAAGUACCAGUCUCCUGUCCGUAUCUACAAGUACCCCUUCGAACUGGUCAUGGCGGCCUACGAGAAGCGCUUCCCCACCUGCCCGCAGAUCCCGGUCUUCCUGGGCAGCGAGGUGGUGUUCGAGUCCCGCAGCGCCGAUGGCGCGGUGCACGUGGUGGAGCGGAGCUGCCGGCUGCGCGUGGAGGCCCCGCGGCUGCUGCGGAAGAUCGCGGGUGUGGAGCACGUGGUCUUCGUGCAGAGGAACGUCUUGAACUGGAAGGAGAGGACCCUCCGCAUCGAGGCGCACAACGAGACCUUCGCCAGCCGCGUGGUGGUCCGUGAGAACUGCAGCUACACGGUCCACCCUGAGAAUGAAGAGUGGACUUGCUUUGAGCAAUCUGCCUCGCUCGACAUCCGGUCCUUCUUUGGCUUUGAAAGUGCCUUGGAGAAGAUUGCCAUGAAGCAGUACACAGCCAACGUCAAGAGGGGGAAGGAGGUGAUUGAGCAUUACCUGAACGAGCUCCUCUCCCAGGGCAUCUCUCACAUUCCCCGGUGGACGCCGGCCUCGGUCCGAGAGGAGGACGCCCGCUCCCAGGCUGUGCUGGGCGAUCCCGGCUUGCUGGAGGUCCACGGGCCCGGAAGCACCCAGGGCCCUGCUGAAGAAGUGGUUGGUGCAGAUGGGGACAAGCUGGACACCGACUACAUCGAGAGGUGCCUGGGCCAUCUCACACCCAUGCAGGAGAGCUGCCUGAUUCAGCUCCGGCACUGGCUGCAGGAGACACACAAAGGCAAGAUUCCCAAAGAUCAGCACAUCCUUCGGUUCCUGCGGGCUCGUGACUUCCACCUGGACAAGGCCCGGGAGAUGCUGUGCCAGUCCUUGAGCUGGCGAAAGCAGCACCAGGUGGACCUCCUCCUUCAGACCUGGCACCCCCCUGCCCUCCUGGAGGAGUUCUAUGCAGGGGGCUGGCACUACCAGGACAUAGACGGCCGCCCCCUGUACAUCCUGCGCCUGGGCCACAUGGACACCAAGGGCCUGAUGAAGGCCGUGGGGGAGGAGGCGCUGCUGCAGCACGUGCUCUCCGUCAACGAGGAAGGACAGAAGAGAUGUGAAGGGAACACCAGGCAGUUUGGCCGUCCCAUCAGCUCCUGGACCUGCCUGGUGGACCUGGAAGGGCUCAACAUGCGGCACCUGUGGCGGCCAGGGGUGAAGGCCCUCCUGCGGAUGAUUGAGGUGGUCGAGGACCACUACCCUGAGACCCUGGGCCGGCUGCUCAUUGUGCGCGCCCCCCGCGUCUUCCCCGUGCUCUGGACGCUGAUCAGCCCCUUCAUCAAUGAGAACACCAGGCAGAAGUUCCUCAUCUACAGUGGCAGCAAUUACCCCGGAGGCCUCGUCGACUACCUGGACAAAGACGUGAUCCCCGACUUCCUUGGGGGGGAGUGCCUGUGUCAUGUCCCGGAAGGAGGGUUGGUCCCCAAGUCCCUCUAUCUGAUGGAAGAGGACCAGGAGCACGCAGAACAGAUGCACGAGUGGAGGGAGACCUACCAGCCGGCCUGUGUGCUCCGCGGGGCUCCCCAUGAGGUCACGGUGGAGAUUCUGGAGGGGGAAUCAGUCAUCACCUGGGACUUCGACAUCCUCCGAGGAGAUGUGGUGUUCAGCCUGUGCUAUGCUAAGCAGGCACCCAAGCCAGGCCCCCGGGAGCCUGGGGCCAGGGCCAGCGGGCAGCUGAUGGACAAAGGGGAGACGCUGGGUGCAGAUUACAGUCCUGUGGAGGCCCCCCUCAUCUGCCGGGAAGGGGAGAGCGUUCAGGGUUCCCACGUGACCCGGUGGCCUGGCAUCUAUCUGCUCCGGUGGCAAGUGCACGACCCCCCUGGCAAGGUGGCGGAGGACGCCCUGACGGCCCUGCACAGCCCUGGCCCCAGGUGCAAACUCCUCUACUACUAUGAGGUGCUGGCGUCUGAGGACUUCAGGGGCUCCAUGUCCAGCCUGGAAUCCUGCACCAGCCGCUUCUCCCAGCUCAGCGCUGCCACCUCUUCCUCUUCCUCCAGCCAGUCCCACAGCAGCUCCCUGGUCUCCAGAUAG